CGUCGAGCGCCCGUCCAUGGCUAAUACCGGUAACAGUGCAGCAGGGUUACAUCAUUGGUACCUGUUUAUCACGCCGUCAUCUGUCUCGCCAGACAUGUGAAACUCAGUGCACUGUCAUGCCCAGUGCCACAUGCUUUUCAGACUGAUAUCUAAUGGCUGUACCACCUUGAAAGCACCACCCGUACGCCGCUUCAAUGCGAAAAGCGCCCAUCAACUCAGGAUGUCCCACGAUGGGAGCACCAAGAGACAAUCGCCCAAGCACCCAUAUCUCGCUGGAAAUUUUGCGCCGGUAACCAAGACAUGGAAACCCACGCCCGUCUCUUGGACGGGGGACCUCCCCAAGGAGCUCAGUGGCGGCAUGUAUGUUCGCAACGGCGGCAAUCCCAUGGCCAAUGCCGAUCUUGGACGUGAGGCGCACUGGUUCGAUGGAGAUGGAAUGCUGUCAGGAGUAUGGUUCAGCCGUUCGUCCAGCAACGCCAACGAGCUCGAUGUUCAAUUCGUCAACCAGUUCAUCCUGACAGACGUGUACCUCUCUCAAAUCGAGAGCACUGCAUUACGGACUCCAAUUCUGCCCAGUAUCGCGACCCUGACGAAUCCUGCUUCGAGCCUUAUCUGGAUCCUUUGGAGGAUUGUACGCACUGUCUUCAUCGUUAUACUUUCACAUCUACCAGGCUCAGGCUUCGCCAUCAAGCGUAUUAGUGUCGCGAACACCAGUGUUCUAUACCACGAUGGACGCGCAUUAGCUGCAUGUGAGAGUGGACCACCUAUGCGUCUCACGCUACCUGAGCUAGAAACUGUUGGCUGGUUCGACGGGAACGCAGUAGAGGGUGAACCUCAGAAUGCCGACAAAAAGGAUGAACCGACACUUGGAGGAACAGGUCCAUUGAGCUGGAUGCGCGAGUGGAGUACCGGACAUCCCAAAGUUGACAACACAACUGGAGAGCUCGUGCUAUUCCACUGCAGCUUCGCUCCACCCUACGUACAAUAUUCUAUCAUACCUUCCUCGGAGUCGAACAUAGUGGACUAUCGUUCAGCAGAUGACCCAAGUCGGAUCAUCAAUGCUGCAGUCCCUAACUGUACAGGAGGAAAGCUUAUGCAUGACUUCGGCGUGUCCAAGAACAGCACUGUCAUCCUCGACCUCCCACUCAGUCUAUCUCCUCUCAAUCUCGCAAAGAACUCUCCAGUAGUUGCAUACGAGCCCUGGAAGCCUUCUCGAUAUGGUGUCUUUCCCCGUCACCACCCGGAAGCCGUCCGUUGGUUCGAGACCGAUGGGUGCUGCAUCUUCCACACGGCCAACACGUGGGACGAGUAUGAUGCUGAUGGCAAAGUCGCUGCAGUCAGUCUUCUGGCAUGUCGCCUCACAUCCGCAUCUGUCGUGUUCAGUGCUGGCAACAUCACACCGCCACCACAUCCAAACCACAAAGACGUUGUCAGUGAAAAGCCAAUGUCUUUCUUCGCCAGAUAUGACGAUGAUCCGGAUCCUGAGAAGGUCGACGAGACAACAUCUCUACUUUCACAUCAGAGCGUUGUCCCUAAUCCCUUUGGCGCAUCUUCAGACUUGCCGAUUUCCCACGAUGAUGAAGAGCAGUGUCGGCUGUACUACUACCGGUUCUCCCUUGACUCAGUGACUGAGAACGUCAUCACCCACCAGUUCGCUCUGGCGGCCAUACCGGUCGAGUUUCCUACAGUAUCACCUCUGACUGCGAUGGAAUCCGCACGCUACGUUUAUGCUUGCAGCACGUCCAACGAGUCUUUUGGUGCGGCAUUGGGCAAAGCUAGCAAAAUUGACGUUCUCGUUAGAUUCGAUGUUCAGGCCCUGCUGGCAAAAGCUCAGAUCGAUCCACCAGAUCCAGUCACGGGCUGUGUGGACAAUCGUAAUCUUAGCCAGAUCAUGGCCUCGAAAGACCCCAAUGACCCAAUCAAGGUCUUCAGAUUCCCGCCAAUGCAUUAUGGGCAGGAAGCUACAUUUAUUCCGCGCCCAAGACGCGGAUCAGCGACCAACAAAAACACCGCUUUUGACGAGGAUGAUGGCUACCUCGUUUUCUACGUAUUUGAUGAGCAUCAGUUAAAUGAGAAGGGCGAGUGUAAAGAGGACGCAAAGAGCGAGCUCUGGGUCCUAGAUGCACAGACGAUGGCACGAGUCCAGUGUAGGAUCCAGUUGCCGACUCGCAUUCCAUACGGUCUCCAUGGCAACUGGUUCACAGAAGAUCAGAUCGCUCGCCAGAAGGGAGUGGUGAAGGUACGGACGCUGCCGGUGGCCGCUACAGAUACCAGGUGGAGUCGCAUCAAGCGAAGCAUUCACGCACGCAUGGGUUGAUCCAGUAUUGUACACGUAGCACUGACGUACGGCGUUUGAGGCCACACACAGGCAUGUAUGUUGCCCGUAAUGUUAAUGAUUCACAACACCAAGAUGUUCACAAUAUGCUCAGAAAGAAUACGCGUUGUGAUUGCAAUCAUUAUCACACGUACCCCAC